AUGAACUUGGCAUACAAUAAAAAUGCGCUCGUUCCUCUGUUCGCUCUACGCUCUGCUAUAGGGUUGACCAUGAUUUCUCGCAGUGCAGGUCGCCACCUAUUCGACGAGGUUGUGGAAGACAUAGAACUUAUAUGUGACUGGAUGCAGUUUGAAGUGAUAUUCUGCAAGCCAUGUGAAGAUCUGAGAGCGGUGAUAGCGAUCGCUCUUGGUAGAGGCGGUGUGAGCCAUGUUCAACAUGGAGAGUUGAGAAUGCAUGGUGAUGAGGAAGACGUCUUUGCUGGUGGCGACGAACCUCAGCUCCAGGUUCGUCGUACAAGUUCUGCUUUCUUUUUCGUAAUUUUACACUUACACGUAAUUUACACUUCA